UGCCACGAUACCGCAAACCACGAGGGCAAGUUGAUGCAAGCUGUUCAAAACAUUGCUGAAAGCUUUUAUUUGUAAAAAAGUUUUACUUCGUGAAGAUUGCUAAUGUUGGACCUUGCGGCGCUCGAUUCAAUUUUAGCCGAGCAAAGCUACAUUUCCGGACACUUUCCCAGUCAGGAUGACUGUUCGACUUUCGACCAACUGGUUAGGUGUCCUCCCAACGAUUUCCCGCACCUAAAGCGUUGGUACAAGCACAUUUCUAGCUUCUCUGCUGUCGAACGGCUUUCUUUUCUAUCAGCCACAACUAAUUGCCCUAACAGUAAAAAGGCCGCUAAAAUGAGUCUUAGCUGGGAGGAACGGAAAAACCUGAUCAGCCGCAAUCUGCAGGAGGUCCUUGGCGAGGACAAGAUGGUUGAGCUGCUGAAGAAUCCAGACAAGGAGUUCAGUAUCUACUGGGGCACGGCCACAACAGGCAAACCACACAUCGCUUACUUUGUGCCUAUGUCCAAGAUCGCUGACUUUCUUAGGGCUGACUGCAAAGUAACCAUUCUCUUUGCCGAUUUGCACGCUUACUUGGAUAACAUGAAAGCGCCAUGGGAACUGUUGGCUCGACGAACUGAUUAUUAUGAGAUUGUAAUCAAAGAAAUGUUGAAGUCCAUUGACGUCCCACUGGACAAGCUGGAAUUUGUCCGAGGAACAGACUACCAACUAUCAAAAGAGUACACGCUGGAUGUGUACAGACUGAGCUCGGUUAUUACUGAACAUGAUGCCAAAAAGGCUGGAGCUGAGGUUGUAAAGCAGGUUGAUCAUCCUCUGCUCUCUGGCCUUCUUUAUCCUGGACUUCAAGCAUUGGAUGAGCAAUACUUGAAAGUGGACGCCCAGUUUGGUGGUGUAGAUCAACGCAAAAUUUUCACCUUUUCGGAGAAGUACCUGCCUCAGCUUGGAUACGCCAAGCGGAUCCAUCUGAUGAAUCCCAUGGUUCCUGGACUGACUGGUGACAAAAUGAGUUCGUCUGAGGAGGACAGCAAGAUCGACAUCCUUGAAUCUCCAGCAAACAUCAAGAAAAAGCUGAAGAGAGCCUUCUGUGAGCCUGGCAACGUUGAUAGAAAUGGAGUUUUGUCCUUUGUCAAACAUGUCCUCUUUUCCAUUUACAAGCCUGGCCAAGGUUUCAAAAUUAAUCGAGCGCCGGAAAAUGGAGGAGAUGUUGUUUACAACAAUUACGAAUCUCUGGAAACUGCUUUCACCAAGCUGGAAGUUCAUCCAGGGGACUUGAAGGCGUCCGUCGAGGCUGAGCUCAAUAAGCUGCUUGACCCAAUUAGGAAAGCGUUUGAGAGCCCUGAACUCAAGAAGUUAGUUCAGGCUGCCUACCCAGCCGUCAGCAAAAAGGGUGGUGCCGCUGCUGGUGGUGGAGAUGAAAUUGCUCCUCACAGGCUGGACAUCAGAGUGGGGAAAAUUGUGGAGGUUUACAAGCACCCUGAUGCUGAAGCUCUCUAUGUUGAGAAAAUUAAUGUUGGUGACGCUGAACCUCGCACCAUUGUAAGUGGACUUGUCAAUUUUGUCCCCAUUAAGGAAAUGCAAAACCGGAUGGUGGUUGUUUUGUGCAAUUUGAAGCCAGCAAAGAUGCGAGGAGUCGAAUCAUGCGGUAUGGUUCUGUGCGCCUCAGUUGACGAUCCAAAGGCUGUUGAGCCUUUGAUGCCUCCCAAAGACUCAGAGCCAGGCGACAAAAUCAGCGUUGAAGGCUAUGAACUUGGAGCACCUGAUGAAUGUCUCAACCCAAAGAAGAAAGUGUGGGAAAAGCUACAGGCUGAUUUGAAAACUAAUGGAAACAUGGAGGCUGAAUGGCAGGGAAAUCUACUGAUCAGUAGGCGCGGAAAACUGACAUGCAAGACUCUGAAAAACGCACCCAUCAAGUAAAUAUGAUGAAAAACAUUUUAAUUUAUUAAAAAUACUUUUUUAUUUUAAAA